CCAUACCUCCCGUCCUCCCCAUUUAUCUCGCUAUUUUGUUGUGACGCGUCAGAUGACUCACUCUCGCUAUCCUCCCCAGAAGAAAACUCUACCAUCUCUUCAACCUUUUCAUCUUCAACUAAUUUAUCAAUCUCUACCUUCCUCUUAGAAUUAGACCCUGCACCACCCCCUACAUUCUUUCUCUUACUCCUCGGUACUUUGAAAACAGCUUCUUCCUUUUCCGUUAUUUCAAUUUCCUCUUUAUCUCCAAUUUCAUUUUCCAGCACCACCUCAGGGAUGGCAGUCGCAAUCUCACCGACUGUUUCCCCUUCCUCUUUGUUCUGAUCUACCACAUGCCUCCGUAUCCACAAUGCCUUCCUCUCCUACUUUUCCAACCACAUCUGCCCACCUUCUCCCUUCCCCUGCACCCUUAGCAUGUUCAUCCCUUCGCGUUGAUGCGUUAGCUGCACCAUCACUAUAGCUAUUACCGGGCUCUGCGCGCUCAUUCUCAGGACAACUACGCACCAAAUGCCCCUCUCUUCCACAACCAAAACAUUUCAUUGAUUCAGUAGAAGCGUAGAAAACAUAAUCAAAUCCAUCAAUCUUAAAACUGAACGCUAAAUUCAGUUCAUCAACGUCCUUUUUUAAGAUCAUAUGCACUUGUCUCCUAUGAGACACGACAUGUUUCAGCAACGGAGAUUUGCAUCCAAAAAUAACCUUCUUUAUUGUAGAUACGAUUUGACCAUGACGAGAUAACUCUCGCUCCAACACUUCAUCUCUAACAAAUGGUGGUACGUUAGACAAUAUAACCUUCUUCGCCGGAUUCAUAAGCGGAAAUACCGGCGUCUGUGUCUCCCGCAAAAUAACACCUCUCUCCACCAUCUUAUUCACCUUUUCAAUGGAAUCUAAGAAUAUCACUACUGCGCUAUUCAUCCUUGAGGCUGAUUUGAUGCUAUCAUACACAAUGAUAGCACCCACAGCCAAGCUACAUUCUUCCACUGAACACCCAGACGCUGCAGGAAUUUUUAUUCCAUUGCGCCGACUAAGUUUUUCAUACUCCAAACUUCGACUAAGUUUUUCAUACUCCAAACUUCCACGAGUGGCCAUUUCAACCAGCCCCACCCGCUGGUUGUGCCCUCGCGAAAAAAACACCCUCAAACGAUCCCACCACCCCUAUACUUGCUUAGUGAUAGUUAGACAAGAUACCCUUAAAACAACUAAACUAAUCAAUUUAUAUAUAUUUACAUACCAAAACCCAAUAGAGAAAAAAAAGAAUUCCAGUCGCUCUCACAAUCACUCCUGCUUGACGACUCACUCCCAGCAUGCACUCCGACGAGAGAGAGAGAGAGAGAGAGAGAGAGAGAGAGAGAGAGAGAGAGAGAGAGAGUCAUGCUUAACAUGAGCUCCUGAUAUAUUUGAUUUUUUUGGUUUUUAGAAUGAGAUAAACACUCUAAUCGAAGAAGAAUUCCAGACAAUAAGUGAUGAACAACAACUCUAUUCAUUCAGAAUAGAAAAAAAGUAACUUUGCGCCUCAAGUUAAGAUGUUUUGAGUCUAGCUAGCUAGCUACACAACAAAGACCUAGCCAGCAGACUAACAAGCUAGCCAGAAGGAACGAGCUAGAACAAACCUAGCAAGGGCAGUUAAUACAACUACAUCAAAAGACCAAACUGAGUGAGAAAACCAAAAAGGAGCACGGACAGAUGGGGGUCAGUGAUAAUCAGACUCUUCUUCAUACAUUAUAUGGGCAAUUCCACGGUUAGAGUCAAUUCUACGGUUACUCAUGGUUUUCACAUAAAAAUGUAUGUCAAACAAAAAGCAAUGGUUGCAAAGUAGCCCAGCUCAACCAGCCAGACUUCCCCAGCCCUGCCUGCUGCACCCCUCCUCCCCAACCCACAGAACAGCCUCCCACUGACAGUGGCACCAACACAGACCAGCCACACCCCAGCUCCAACACCCACCAGCCCCCACUCUGCCCCCCCCAGUCCAGAAGAAACACUGGCUGACAUCGUCCUGUUAAUGGACUCAAAUGGGAAGUAUGUCCAGGAGAAGAAACUUUUCCCUAGACACAAAACGAGAAAGGUGUGGUGCCCAACAACGCAGAGUGCCAUGGAGCUGCUUGAUAAGGCCCAUCUCGGGUCGCCAAGCCACAUAAUUAUACAUACCGGAAGCAACGACCUGCGUGCUCAGCAGGAGAGGGUGGCGACUUCACUAUGGGGAGUGAUUGAGAAGGCCUCCGCAAUCUUCCCCAACUCAAGAAUCAUAGUGUCAACCCUUCGACAGAGGAGGGACUUCCACCCUGCCACAAUCCAAAGAAUAAACGCCAGCCUAUCCCGGGACUGUGCCCUGCGACCCAAUGUACACCUGGCCCACCAUCCCACCCUCGAUCUGGACUGUCUCUAUGACCAUGUUCACCUGUACAGGGAGACAGUCCCCAUCCUUGCCAAGACUCUCAAGGACGUCGCUUUAAACCGCAGCCCGACCUCUCCACCCAGGAACAGCGGAACAAUCUCCACCCCGCCGAGAUCACCGAGACAACACCCCGGACCAGCACCCUGGACCCCCCAGCCACGACCACAGCACCACCAACCUCAAUGCCCACCACAGCCAGCGCAGCACAGACCACCCCAGCCCAGCUUCAGAGCCACCCAGAUGAGGCCUACCACCCCCCUCCUCCCCACCGCAGACCCACACCUGGAGGAGCCACAGCCCAGCAGGCAGAGCUACGCACAGGCUGUGAGAGGAGCAACUGGCCCAGCCCCCACCAACCAAAUGAGUGACAUUAAACAAAUGCUGAGUCUACUAUGCUCACAUGUGAUAGGCCGAGGGUCAUGGUAAGAUGAGCACAAGAACACCACCAUCC